AUGGGUAUCCGGCUGUCAACUGCGAAUCGUCGAAAAUUGGCGAACACAACCGGAACAAGUCCAUUUCCUACUUCAAGAGAAAAGAAAACAUCCAAGAUCAAAAGUUCACCAAAAACUCCACAGCAAAACGCAUCAAAUGAAGAGCAUAAAUUAUCUCAAGAUCCUGUGCAGAAAACUUUAGAAGAAAGGACACAAAAAUCAAGCUCUAGCAUGAUGGGGAGAGUGAAGGGUUCGCUUGGAAAAACGAGAAAAUUCCGCUCAUUUUCUUCAAAAUCCAAAAAUUUUCUUGUCAAACCACUGAAGCCAUUGAAAGCCACAGGGCCUGUUAACGAACACACCUUCGGUGAGCUUCGUCUGCCCAAUGAAGCUCAUCCAAAAAGAACAAAGCCUGUGCAACAAGAGCUUGAAAAUACUAGAGCUGAAAAGCCAAGGAGACGGCCUAAAUUUCAAAAACAAUCAAAGCAGCUGAAAGAAAUGAUGGAAAAUAGAAGAAGUGAGGAAGAAAGGAAACCGAGCAAAGAAGAAGUAAAAAAAGAAGUGAAGAUAGCUAAAAAGGAGGCGAAGAAGGACUCUUCCGUUUAUCUUCAAGCACUUCUAAACGAAUCGGAAACGGCUAUAGAACAUUCGCCAUCUCCCUUGCAUACGGCAUGCGAAGAGAAGGCUUUAAUCACAGAAGCUGUAAAUAAGCCACCACCAAAAAUUGAAGAUUUCUUUGAAAUGGCCAAUCCUUUUGACAACGAAUGCGAAGAUGUUUCCGAUACCAUUUUUGACGUUGCCAAUGAUUUCCCAGACUUGUUCUUGAAUAAGAAAGCGCUUACUCGACAUUCGCUUACUCGUACGAAAACAAUGAAUGUUUGUGAACCGACACAAACUUGUGCAGAUGUCAAAGGGCUCCGGGACGAAGCGAAA